CCUUGACGAACUGCUACUGUCGCCCAUUUGUGCUCACUAGACGACUUUCGGAUCCCUCGGUCAUCCUUCAUCUUUCCUCAAUGUAUCCAAACAAGACCUGCUUCCAUGAAAAAGUCGCAAGGAUACUACUGUAAGGUCUACUACAGUCUUUUGGCACUUUGCUACUUGGAGGUCCUCCUUUGGACUUUCUGCUUGAUUGCGUCCUGCGCUGCUCCAGUACACGGUCAUAGCUACCUUAUUCGAGAGACUCAAACCCUCAAGCUUGCUACCCGCCCGGUUCACCCGGCCGUCGUCGGUUCUACUCAUCUCCGGCAGCCCAAGCUGCUGUGGCGGUUCGAGCGCAAGAGCGUCAGCGACCGCAACGCCGAGCCAUCAAAGUGUUUUCCUAGUGCGGAACAAUCUGGCUUACUAGCGGCCCUCCGCGGCUUCACCGUGGUAGCUACCGGGUUGCCUGCACCCUACACAGGCAUUAAGGCGAUUUCCGUCGUCAGCGUCGCUACUAUCAACGAUUCAGUGCUGGCUUCUAAUGCCGUGCAGGCAGUGGCAGCGGCCCCUGCUACCGGUGCUGCAGCGCCUGUCUCCAAGGUCCCCCUGAAGCCUGUCAGUGAUGUUUUCGCCGGUGCACUGGCUCGUGCUGCCUCCCAGAGCACGAUCCACCCUCUAGACACCCUGAAGCUGGUCCCUCCAGCGUCCGCUGUCGCCGCCACCGCCGCCUCUUCCGGUGGUGGCCUGGCGCCUCUGACUCGCUUUGACGGACGCGCACUCAUCGCUACUGUUGGCAGUCUGUACAAGGGAGUUGUCGGCGCUGCCAGCGGUGCAGGAAUCGCUAUUGGCGCUUACUUUGCAGUUUACGGGGUCGCCUGCAAUACGCUUUCGCGCUACACCACACUGCCUCCAACAACGGUCGCCUUCGUGGGUGGCGGCGUGGCGGCCCUGGGCAGCUCUUUUGUGAAGGUGCCGCUGGCGGUAUGCAUCCGUAGUGUGCAGGCCGGCGUAUAUCCCAAUGUCUUUGCUGCCGCGCGCUCGAUCACUGCCGCCGCCGGUCCUCGCGGCCUGUUCACCGGCUACCUCCCAACCGUCCUGGAGGAUGUGCCAGACAUGGCCAUCAAGUUUGCUGCAUAUGAAGGUAUGCGGCAGGAGGACUUCGCUAUGGGCGCUGUGGCGGGUGCGCUGGCUGCGGCAGCGACGACUCCUCUGGAUGUUAUCAAAACCAACAUGAUGUGCAACGCGGCCGUACGUCCAUCGAUGGGAUCUGCUGCGAUGGGUGUCAUGCGGCAGGGUGGCCCUGCAGCGUUCUUCCGCGGCGUUGGUGCCCGUGCCGCCAGCAACGGCAUCAACUCGGCCGUAUUCUUUUGCUUCUUUGAGGCGCUACGUGGCGCCAUCGCGAGCAGCAACGCUAACCGCGCCGCCAUCGAUGGCCAAUAUGCUAAGAGCCGCCCGGUUAAGGUCACUUCCGCUGUGCAAUAUGUCGGAGCUGAGGAGAGCAGCAGUGAGGGCGAGCUGGUGUUGGCUACAACGAAGAAAUAGAACUGAAGACUUCGCAUUUUGGUGAUGAUGAUUUGUUUGCUGGUGAUGGUCCUAUUGGUGUACGAGGUCAGCCGGGGGCUGCUUGCAAGUCCUGCGCCUGGUUGCUCUUCGCGCGGCCUUGCUUAGUGGAAAACAGGCAGAGCUGCUCUGAACUCUCCUGGCAUGUGCAUGUGCUUAGUCGCUUUAAUAUUUGCGACUUCAGAUCCCAUUGGCCGCCAGGAGAGUACACCCUCGUGCUUGGCCUCAACUAACUUUUUCCUGACGUUUUGCGGCUUUCUUUCUUAUUUCUAUGUCGCUAUCGCGUCUGAAACGAUCGUGCGCGUGAGUCUGCCUUGUUCCGAAGAGUUCAGUUCAGUUGUUGUUGCGUUGUUUAAUGUCGUAAGGCCGCUGUCAGUGGUGCGGCGAUGCGUUAUGGCAAAUAGAUUUUGGUGAUGGAUGUGGUAUUGAACCUUAAGUUGCUUGUAGGGUUGUACGGCUCUGUAGAUCAGACAUGACGGGAUGAUGAUUGAGUCAUGCCUGUUUGGAAGAAUACCAAGGCGCAAGAGUCCAGUGCCUUCUGUAUCAUGGCUCUGGCUAGUUCCCAAUGAGUCAACGUUGCCUCCGCUGGAGAGUAAGAACUUAUGGUUCACCUACUGUUAUUGGGGACCAUAGUAGUCUUUAACUUUCCUAGGGAGUGUGAAAGAGGCGAAAUUGUAUGGAAUUAUGACCAUAGCUGAUGUACUUCUCCGAGGGAGAAAGGUGGUGGUGAUAUGAUGCAGAUGAGAAGGAUAUUUAGCGUACUUGCGCCCGCGUAUGUCAACAUGCUGACGGGAUGAUGGCCAACAAUUCGUCCAUGUAUGCUGUGUGUCUAGGCGAGGAAAGGGCAGACGGGUAAAUUACAGUCAAUGGAAAGGUUGUCGGGCUUAAGGUUCUCAGGAAGGGUCAAGGUCAUCGCCCACGUAUCCAACAUUAUUGUUGGUUUUGUAUUGGAUCGUAUGUUGAAGAGAUUGUGGAAUAACGACUUGUUGCUGCGUUUGUUACCACCACCAGCUGGUCCUGUACAUCUUACUCAAUGUUACUACCUAGAACUAUGUACAGUUAGUUGACUUGUCUGCAGAUGUAAUGUAACCAUCAUACUGAUAGAAUGAUGUAUAUGUGUAAAUAUGAUUUCCUCU